AUGUCUAUCGAUGUCUUGAGUGUCAGAAAGAGACAGGAAGGGUUCCAGUUUGUCAAUGAACUGGAAUCUGAUUCUGACAGUGACGUUGAAAUGGCUAACGACGAAGAUAAAGUAGACUCUGGCGAAGUAGCAAAAGAUGGAACCAUUGUUACUCCUGGUGAAUUGGUCACAGAUGACCCAGUUUGGAUGCGUGGUCAUGGUACAUACUUUCUAGAAAAUCAAACCUAUGCGUCUGUCGCAGGAACUGUUUCUAGAGUCAAUAGAUUACUUUCGGUUAUCCCGUUGCGGGGCCGUUAUGCGCCAGAAACCGGUGAUCAUGUAAUUGGAAGAAUUGCAGAAGUGGGGAACAGAAGAUGGAAAGUCGAUAUUGGUGCCAAACAGCAUGCAGUAUUGAUGCUAGGUUCCGUUAAUCUGCCAGGUGGUGUCUUGAGAAGAAAAUCGGAAUCCGAUGAGCUCCAAAUGCGCAAUUUUUUGAAAGAAGGAGACCUUCUAAAUGCCGAAAUUCAGUCACUAUUUCAAGAUGGCAGUGCAUCUCUGCAUACCAGAUCGCUCAAAUAUGGUAAAUUGAGAAAUGGUACGUUUUUGCAAGUUCGCAGCCCUCUUAUAGUUCGUUCCAAAAAACAUACUCACAAUCUACCGGGCAAUGUCACCGUUAUUUUGGGAGUCAAUGGUUUCAUUUGGCUGCGAAAGACUUCCAAAGUCGACAAUGCGAGUGACGCAUCGAAUGUGAGUGGCAGAAAUGCAGCUACUCUUUCAGGAGCCUCAGGCGAUUAUAAACCAGGUUCCAACUCUGUCAGUAUAACAAGGCUCGAGGAAGAAUCCUCGUGGGAAAUUUAUUCUGACAAAAACGAUCCUAUCCCAGAAGCUAUGAAGAGAACAAUAGCUCGAUAUUCUAACGUCAUCAGAGCUUUGGCACACUGUGAAAUUGGCAUAACAGAAGCUAGGGUGGUGGCAGCGUACGAAGCCAGUAUGGCGUAUAGUCAUGUCGGCUCACUUAUAGAUAAGGAUAACAUGGAAUCAAUAGGACAGGAUGUCAUAAAUGCUGAGAAAAUGAGGGGAAACGCUUAA